CACACGGCCAGCAAGGGAGCAAGCCACAGGCAACUCUUCCCACCUCUUCUUCCAGGGAGUUAUCAAACUGAAAGGCGUCGCUUCCUUUGAGAUUGAAUUUCUGGUGCUUUUGCAAGUUGGUGCAGCUGAUUGGUAUGAUACUGGACUCCUGCAAACCAGAUUUGGUCUUCCACUUUGUAGGAAGGGGUUGCUGGGGGUGUUUGGUGCAAACGCAUUAAUAAUUUUGAAAAUGUUCUGGGGACCCACAGGCUGAGAACGGCUGCUCUAAGACAUAGCUACUGUUCAGCUCCAGUUCUAGGAACUGGUUUUACAAGUUCUUCAGUAUAAUUUUUCAAGACAUAUUGGUGCAGAGGUUAGGACACAAGGAAAAUGAGUACAAACAGCACCCUCUUGGAUCGGAUUGUUUUCUACCCAAUUUUAUGUGAGGGAUGGAAGCAGUAUAUGGAAGGAGCGAUCUAUCACCUUGCUGGCUUCCUCCUCCUCCUGGGAUUCAUGGGAGGAAGUGGAACGGUUGGCUCCAUCUUCAUCUUUGGCUUCUUGACCGCUGGUUUCUUCUGCGCUGCGCUCUGGGGCUGGCUAGAGGCUUGUGGACUGGACAUCUUCAUCUGGAACAUGCUCUUAGUUCUGAUCUGUCUGCUUCAGUUGGCUCACCUAGUUUACCAACUCCGUCAACACGCCUUCCCUGAAGAAUUCGACAUGCUCUACAAGCAAGUGUGCCAGCCUCUGCAAGUGCCACCUCAGGUCUACAAAGAAAUCGUCAAGUGUUGUGAGGAACAGGUUUUGCCCCUGGCCAAAGACCAGAACUAUGCUGUGGAGGGCAAGACCUCAAUUGAUCGUCUGUCAUUCUUGUUGUCUGGCAGGGUUAGAGUAAGCCAGGACGGACAAUUUCUACAUUAUGUCUUCCCAUAUCAAUUCCUGGAUUCCCCAGAGUGGGAGUCACUGCCCCCUUCGGAAGAGGGAACAUUUCAGGUAACGCUGACAGCAGAGACUGACUGUAGCUUCAUCACUUGGCAAAGGAAGGAUCUCUACUUGCUCCUGGCCAAAGAGCGCUAUAUUGCCCGCCUCUUCUCAGUCCUCCUUGGCUUUGACAUCUCAGAGAAACUGUAUGCCCUGAAUGAGAAGCUUUUUGCUAAAUUCGGCUUGCGGUUUGACAUCCGCCUUCCCAGCCUCUACCACGUCCUGGGACCUGCCUCUUCUGACAUGGAGCUGGAGAAAGAACCAGAGGAAAGCGAGGGUCCAGCAGCACCCUCGGGCCUUUUGCCCACCUUUGUCCAGACAGCUCCUGCGGCCCCUUGCACUGUGUCUCCUCCUGCCCCUCCUGCCCAUCUCAGGAGACCUCGGCCUGACAGUGACCUGUCUGGUGAGGAUUCUACCAGUCUUGUAUUGGAAGAUUUUGCUGAGUUGACAGGGUCCUUUAUGGACUAUUUGAGCGAAGGGGAAUAUAUGAAGUGAGGGCACUUCUAACAUGGGCACACAUCACCCUGUGUAACUUCUGGAAGCCUCCUGAGGAGUAAUCGCCAGGCCUCUGCAGAAAGACGAGCCCCUCUGGCUCCUACGCAGACCCCAGAACUCUAGAGAAAGAGUUUGGACUCUCAAAGACGUCACCAUAUGGUCACUCAUGGCUGAUCAUAAUGGGGCUCAUUACUUGUGUGUCGACACGUGGAUUGCACCAGCACCAGCAUGGCGCACUUGGAAGUGCAUGCAUGAGACUGAAGUGUGAUGUUGGAACACUUCCCACAGAUUGUUGAGCUGCAGUGGCACCAGGCUCUUUCUGAUUGUCUGUAUUCUUGAGCACUUGCCGUACGGUUCUGCUGUGAGGUGAAUUAAACGUCUGGGAAAUGGUAUCUAUA